UGACAAAAAAGCAAUAAAGAGACUGAAACAGGAAGAUAGUAUCACUAAGGUAAGUAACACGCAUUUAUAAUAACGCGAUAAUUAGUAUAACUGACAGAUAUGAACAAGAACAACUAACUGUAUAUCCACUUGUCCAAUUACAUCAUACACUGUGGCGCCUUCUCUGAAAAAGGCCGUCUGUUGAUUUGAUAACUCACUUUUAAUUACUCAUUUAACGUUGCAUUUUUUGGCAAAAAAGAAUGGCCAUGCAGUAAAAAGAUAUUGUUUAUAGGUCAGUUUUUUUAUGGCUCACUUUUGUGCCCUCACCCCCACAAGGACUUCUAUAUGACGUGGGCUUAAAAGGAAAAAAAGGCUGGCUGUGCCCCUGACAUGUAUUACACCUACAUGUACUUACAGUAUGACAUAACACCUGGUUACCAAAGACAGUAAAUCACAUUAUGUGCUUGUUGGCAAAAAGAAAAUCGGUGUCUCUUUUUUUAACGGCUAGCAUCAUGAAACAGACAGUUCAGACAGCGAGGAUGGUCCAGCUCCUUAUCAACAGUUGCUUGGUUUGCUUGGAGUUGAGUCUGGAUCUGACGUGAACCACUUGACAAAAAAAUGGAGAGAGGAUGGUAGUGAAGGAGAAGAAGAGGAGGAAAGUGACGAGGAAAUCGAGCAUGACUCUGAAUUCAAGGAUGAAAAUAAAAAUGACAAGGCCAUAAAACAAAUGAGUGAUAACAAAACAACGAUAAUAAAACAGAACAAAGAUAAGAGUCACAGUGAUGUGGUGCAUGUUGCAAGUUCUAAUGAAGAUACAAAAGAAACUGUUAUCCACGAAAACAGCUAUAAUGGCAAUGAAGAUGGUGAUGACACUAGUGAUAAUAAUGAUGACGAUGAUGAUGAUGUCAUUGACAGAAAUAAAACUGGUACUGAUGACUAUCGAAAAGAAAGUGGAACCUUUGAGGAAAGUGAUGAUGACAGUAUUGAUGAUGUCAAAACAAGGCAUUUGAAAGGUACUGUACAAUUAGCCACUGCUGAUCGAUAGUUAUUAGUUAGUAAUUGAUUUCCUGACUUUAAUGUUGUUCAGAGUUGUAGACAGUAUUCAAACGAGAAAAGUUGGCUCAUUGUUUGUCUCAUGAUAUAGUUACUAAUUAAUCAGCAUCACAAAACACAGCAAAUGAUUGUGUUCAAAUUUAACUUCUUGUCUAAUGUUUCAUGAGGCCUAAUAAUUAAUCAGCAUCACAAAACACAGCAAAUGAUUGUGUCCAAAUUUUAUCUUCUUGUCUAAUGUUUCGUGAGGCCUAAACACGAAAUACUUUAUUAUUUAUAUCUUACAUUUCAUUUUUUUUCUAAAGGAACUGAAGAUCCAUUUGUAGUUCAUUUUGAACAAGAUCUAGAAGAAUCUGCAGAAAAACAUCUUAAUGACCUCAAGUCCUGGCAAGUUAAAACCAGCAAAGUGAGUUGCAUUGUUCUUUUUGUAUCAGUGUAUUUCUGGAUUAGACCAAAACUUUGACUGAGGUUAUUAAAAAAAAUUAUGGGGUUGUUUUGUUUGCCUCUUACAGCUGUACUUGUUAAUUCUUAUUAACAAAAUUAUGUUCAUUAUUGUAUUUCUUUUUAUUUCUAAAUCAUUUUCAGAUUGCUUCAUUUGGCAGUGUCACUGAAGUGAUUCCAUCUGUCAAGUCUUUACCAAGUGUACACAUUUAUGUCAAUAAGGAAACAACAUUUACAGAUUUAAAGGUAAAUGUGAUAUCAAUAAUAAUAAUAAUAAUAAUAAUACAAAUUAAAGCAAAUAUUGUACUUAUUAGGUCUCUUAGUGUUUUAGAUUUCUAAUAAGUUAAAAUAGUUGUAAUGAAUAGUCUAAAAUUUGCAAACAAUUUUAAAUAGUACAUGUUGUUUGUAAUGAAAGGUAACAUUAAAAUUCCACAAAAUCAAUUUAAUGCUUAAAUUGAAUAAAACACCUGUUUAUGCAAAACAUCCAACUUCACAUCAGACAUACCCUGUACCUCGCGAACCUGAUGCUUAUGAGUGACAACAAGUUUUGCCCAGUAGCGUUAGGUUUCACUUCUAAUGCUCCCCAACUUUUCCAGUCUUCACUCAGAUUGUUGUCCUACAAAGCCAGUUGAAAUAUUGACUAUUAAUUUUGUACUAUUGACUAUUUAAUAUUGUACUAUUUGCUUGGUACUUGUCAACUUUCAGGAAGGCUUAAGUUAGCUUUAUGCUACAGACAAUUGUACCUGAAAACCUCCAACUAUAUCCGCAAUCUAUUCUCAUCAUUCCAUAACUUUCAAGCAAAUCCAGGGAAUACGUAAGCAAAAGUUUGAAAUUUCCAUGCCAAAUAAAUAAAAUAAGUUUAGUUUUGUUACCAGAAACCACAAGCCUUCCAGAUCAUUCGCGAGGAUGGUAGAGAUAAAAGCUGCUUGAGGAUUUUAGUACUUUCUAAUCCCUGUGAUUGCGACAGCUAAUCAGAUCAUCUGGCACUGUUCUAAUGACCAAUCAGUGUUGCAGCCAAAAUCUGGCUGCAGCAGCACAGGCGUGAGAGACUUUGUAUCAGGCCCAAUUUUUGCAUGACCAUGUAGGACAGAAUGUAUAGAAACUGCUAAAAUUGGGCCUGACCUCAGGUUAAGCAUAAGCAUAAUGUGGCAAUUAAUGCCUUCUUGAUCCCUGUCAGGACAUUUUCCUCAGCAAUCCCCUGGGGUUUUGUUUUGUCGUUUACAGACAUACCAGUAAUAAACAUGGCUACCUGUUGAAAUGUUGUGAGUUCUGGUGUUAACAGACCUACACAGAAUUAGUUUGUGUUUUCAUUUGCAAUGUUCUGAAAAAGUUAUACUAAACUUAGGAAGAAACUGAUAGAGAUGAGGGAGAUACUAUGAAAAUAAGUUACCUCUAGAUUUGAAAGGACUAAACAUUUUGUACUUGUGGAACAAGACACUAUUAUAAUAUUAUUAAAAAUAUAAUAAUAAAAAGUGCAUGUCUACAUUCUUUUUGUUUUCUAGCUGAGAGCUAGUCUUCUUCAAGGUUGGGAAAAAAUCAAUGAAAAAUUAAGCUUUGAAGGUAUGCUGUUUGGUUUCCUUUUUAGUGUUGUGUUACUUUUAAUUUCAGCUAUUAUUUUAACUAUGUCUUCAUGGAGUGCAAUAUUAUUUCUUUAGUUUUUGAUUUUAACUCUUCAAGCCCUUGUAUCAUCCAAAUUCAUACAUUUAGAAUCAGUAAAGAGUAAACAAAAUUGAGUAAGGGUCAAAACUUUUUCCCUAUUGUGAUCAGUUCAUUAAUUCUUAUAACCUAUAUCUUGAUUGUGUAUUUAGUGUUAGGAGAAAAUUGAGGUUGGUCACUCUUGUGAAAACAUGCCAGGUUUCCAAGUUGUGAAAGUAAAGGCCAGAGUAUAACAUCCUGGUUAGAUGUUGCUUGCAGGAGAAGAGACAGGCCUUAAAAAAUCAAGCCAAGGAAAAAUAACUACAAUGUCCUUUUGCCCCUCUUUCGACAGGGAACUCUGUUUGCAGCGUACUGUAGUAAUUUUUUGUGCACAAAUGUCUGAUGGUAAUUACUUCUUUACAGGUUUGUUCACUCCACUUCAACAAAAUCUUUUUCAGCACAUAAACUCAUACCAGGCAAGUUUUCACUGUAUAUAAUUAUUAAUUUGUCUUGCCCAGGAUAUUUUUACAUUUUGUUUCUCACAAUGUUUAAAUUCCAAAAUUAAUGUUAACCGUGGCAGAGUAAGCUCAGCUGGUAGAUUGCUGGUCUGCAGAGCAGGAUGUGAUGGGUCUGAUCCCGGGAACCAGACCUGAACCAAUACUCAGGGUGUUAAAACAAUAAUGAGGUAGAAAUUGCUGCCUCUACAUUGCCAAUGGCCAGACCCUCACGUAAUAAUUGGGAUGGCCAUGUAGACAUAGUGUUCCUGUCUCUAGCUGGGGUUAAGAUGUAAACAACAGUAGCCGAAACUCAGAAAAAUACUUGAAUUCCAGCAGCUCUCACUUUUUGCCUGCUCCUCUUGGUCAAUGAUUUUGUCAGGGGAUCACUUACCUGUACCCUUGCUCCUUGGGCAAGUAAGCUUUCUAAGUCACGAUACCAGCCUCGCAAGAAAACCUACUUGUUCUGGACUACCAGAUGGGACUUUUUUCGAGCCCUGAGUAUCCUAUUUAUAGCAUGUUGUGAUGAAUACAUUGACACUUGAGUAAAGCAGGUUUGGGGGUGGGGGGGUGAGUGGGGGCUUAUUUGCACGUAGAGCUUUAGAACAGUAAUAUUAAAGUGUUCUGGCCCUAUCCUAAAUAUAUAAUCCUUCUCGAUUUUUGCAUGGGAAGAUGACAUGUUUAAGAGAAGAUUGAGUCUGGGAGGUCAUCAAUAUACUUUCUCCGGCUCCAACAUUGAACUUGGAAGCUGGUUACAAGCUUCCCAGGAAGUUUUGUCAUGUGAUUCACAUUGCAAAUCACAUGACAAAAUGUCACACUCCAUCACAUGAUAAAGAUUCUGAGAUGGAAUUGAAAGCUUGUGUGUCUUAAAUAGAGCUUUAUCCUAGAGUCUUAAACCUCUUUUAUGCUCAGAUAAUAAUGUUGGUUUGCAUAAUAAUCCAUCCGCAGUGAUAUUGUGUUGACCUCAUGGUGUAAAAGUUUGAUUUUUGCUAAGGAAAAAGUGAUUAUUUUAAAGGACAAUCCAUUGUAAACGGUAAUCAUGAUUAAUUAGACGUAAGUUAUAUUUCUUGGACUUUUAACAGGAUGUUUUCUACUCCAACCGCACAUUCCAGAAUGGUGACGAGAUUAGAAGGCUUUAUUGCCUUCAUGCUCUUAAUCAUAUACUAAAGUAAGUUUACCUUCAUUCAUGUACUUUGUGCACUCAUACAGCCAUGCACUUUUCCAAAGACAUCAAGUGACAAAUGAAACUAUUGGCUGGCAGCUAAUGAGGCCACAAGUUGAUCUGCUUUUCGUCUGAUUUUUGACAUUACAGUCAUGUGUUAACUCUUUCAGUCAAAGUUCAAAAAAAUUCUCCAAUCUCACUUUGAGAAACAAACAGCACCAUGUGAAUAUACUGCUGAUGAGCAAUAUUAUUGUUUCAGUGGUAAUUCCACUGGUUUCCUCCACAGACUCAAAAAUUGAACACUGGUACUGAGAGCGUACUGGUCAGACGCGUUCUCGAUCACUCCAGGCUUCUUACGAAAUUUGUACUAAAUGCUUAAACUUUUUUUCAACUAUAAUCGAAACUGAGAAACUAAGGAAAGAAGACCAAGUGUUAUGAAAAGAAAUUCAAGAUUAACAAAUCAAUUGAAGAAAGUCACUGAUGACAUGUGUUAUUACGAUUUUUAUUUCAUUUAUUAUUUUGCAAACUGUAAACUUUCCUUAGUUAGCCUUAGUCUUAAUUUCAUAUUUUGCACUCAUUGUCCUGCCUCGAAUAGCCUUGCUAGCUGUAGGCCAUGCUACUGUAAUAUUAUCUGUUUAUAAGUAAAGUUUGUUGUUGUUGUAGUAAGAACCACUGAACAUGACCCCAUCGCUCACUCCGACAGUGAAAGUGUUAAUCUGGGGAUGACUAUUAAGCAUACUAUUUUUUAGUUUUCAAGGAUUUUACAAAAAAAACCCUUGAUUUUCUUUUUGAGCUUUUUACCUUGGUCACUUAGGGGGGAAAGAGCUUUAUUUCAUGUGUUAUUCACAGGGCUAUCAUUAAGAGGCAGGUCUAAGAACGUGGCCCCUGGCUACUUUGAAUUUAUAAGAAAAUAGAAGAAAAAUAUAACUAAAAGAAUCAUCUCUAGCUAUUUGAUUCCCAGGUGCCUACUUGUUGUAGUUACCCGGCAGCUUGAAAUCUUAGUGACAGCCCUGAUUCAUAUAACAUUUCGUAUUAGCUUAAAGGGAGGCAACGUGUUGUAAAAAAAUAUUGCCUGUGGAAUGAUUGGAAUGUUAUAAUGACAGAGACCAGUGCUUGGGUAAUUACAUUUGAAAAUAAUAAUAAAUAAUUUUUAUCUGACAAUCAUUUACUUACAGGACUCGUUCAAGAGUAACAAAAAACACUCGAAAAAUUGUUCAGUCCUGGAAAGAUAAGAAGGAGAUUGGGUGAGCUUUUAUUUAUUCAUUUAUUUAUGAGGAGAAAUGUACUAUAGGCAAUUAAUUGGAAUUUUCUGUAGAAACCAAGGCUUGAUAAUGGAGGUAGUGAUUCAUAAUAACUACAGAAAUAAUAUUAAUAUUUCUGUUCUUCUCAGAGGCUGUUUGAAUAGCUUCUGAAAGGGUGGCCAGUAUUAGCUGCAUGUGUAGAUAUGUUACAGGUCAAAAUUAUAUUCAGGUUAAAUUUUUUAACCUAGGUUGAUUCUCAAUUUCCUUUGUCUCCUAGCCCUAAUUUUUGAAUAAUUAUAAGCUAGGGCUAGGAGAUUAAGGAAAUCGAGAAUCAAUAUCAUCUCAGGUUACCUGAAUUUAACUUUCACUUGUACAAGAUGUACUGUCAUAAAAUUUAAUAUACAGCUAUUGAUUGUGAUGAACUGUCAUUUUUUCUCACAAGUGACACUGUAUUAUUCUUAAUAGUGAACAACGUGAUCAGGGACUAACAAGACCAAAGGUGUUGAUCUUAGUUCCUUUUCGAGAUGCAGCGUUGAAGUUAGUUGAAGUUAUGAUGCAGCUUAUCUGUCCAGGAAAUAGUGUAAGGAAAUUUUAAACCAGUUACAACAAUAAUAUAUUCAUCUACCUAGCUACCAACUUUUUCAAGUCACAUGCAUGAGUUUUUCGCCUUGUCAUGACUUGGAUUUCUCAAAACGUCCUGGUGACUUCUGUAGAUUUGCGAUGAUUUUCCUAAGACUUCCAAGUGCUGCCAAAAAUGUCCAAAGAUCUUCCAACGACCUUUGAGAACUUCUGAAUAAAAGACAGUUUAAAAGACAACACUUUUAGUGUGUUUUGAUUUCGUUAGGACACAAAGUCAUGAUCAUUUUAAUGCCUUUUUGGAAAAUUUUUGUGGAAAUUGAAUUGAAUCUUUGUUAUUAAUCUUGUGUUGAAGAACAUUAUUUGUCUGGAUUUGUGAGUCAGGCGUGAGAAAUUGUCCUUGAUGCGUGAGAUCGAUGUUUCAAGUCCACAGGCGAGAGACUCGUGCUUAAUACUUGAGACUGGGCAGGUAUACAGUAAAACCGUCUGGCGGUUACAACUGUCAUCAGUAGUAAAAAUAAUAAUAAACAUCUCACUAAGUAUUUUAUAUCAUUCUUCUUCAUAAGCUUUUCACCCUCAACUUGUUUUCAGUAACAUCUGAUCCAAUAAGCUUAAAUUAAUGUAAGGGCUGGUUUUGGUUGCACCCUUUAUUACAGCCCUGGUGGUAUCCCAGUUGGUGUUUAUUUCCCUUUAGAUUUCUCAUGUUACUCUCAUCCUAUAUAACUAUUUCCAAAUAGAAUUAUAAAUAUACAUUGUAAAAUUAAUAGGCAGAGAAAGAAGCAUCAAAGCAUCUAACAACACUCACAAGCUCAGACCUGCAAAUAUUUUUCCUUUUUAGAACAGACUAUGUCGUCCGACCAGGUCACUGUUUUAGUCAGACAAACCAAAAUGUUCAAUGUCAGACACACAGAAUGUUGAGUUUUAAUUUCUUUAUUAUUACUUUGCAAAUUCACAAAAAAAUCUUUGGUAUAUUUUGGUCUAUCUGUUUUUUCCAUUUUUUUUACAUGCAGGUAUGAUUUCCUUUUAGAUCAAAUUUUAGGCAGAAAUUGUGUGAUGACUGUCUGUUAUUCGCAGCUCUGCGAGUUCCUUCCUUAACAAUCCCUAAUACAGUAUGCCCACCUUUCAAAGCACGGAAUCAUUUUCAGCCUGAUCCUUUAAUUUUGAAUUUCUAAUAUAAAAUAAAGGGCUUGUGCAGUAUUCUCUUAUUCAGGCAGUAACUGAUAAAAUUUACUGCCUGAAGCAACACUUCUUACUGCCUGCAGCUGCUUGGAGGUUUACCAAAAUUUUUAAAAAGUAGAUUUUUUAUUAAAAAAGGAAGUUAUUGUGAUCCGAUUUGAUUCUCACAAGGAAAAUGAAAAAGUAUAUAAGGAAAAGUACGAAAGUGUACACAGCUUUUCUUUUUACUGGAAUCAAACAUUUUGAAUUAUUGUGUAAAGAUAACAACGGCCGAUUUGCGUAAAAUAGGUCUUAAAAUGAGGGAAUGACAUCUCAGAGAACUUAGCUCCUAAAUUUCUCAGCAGGAGUGGGGCCAUGUACCUCACUCCACUAUCCCCUCUUCUCCUCAGGAAAGUGCACCUCUGGGGAUAUUUUUUGCCUUGCUGGCCAAGAAUAGUCCCUUACCCGCUGAGCUAAAAUUUAGGGAGAACACUGCUUGUGUAGGAUGUUUAUGGAAUAUUAAAUUUACACAGUUUUGUAAAUAUUUUCUUUCAGGGUCAAGUUAAGAACAAAAAGCGUUUCUUUGAAGAGUAUAGGGAGGAAGAGGAAUCUGACAUUUCUAAAGACAACAAAACUGAAGACUUUAAACAGAUGUUUGCAGGAAACAUUGAUGAUUGUUUCCGGAUAGGAAUAUCAGCCAGUAAAAAGUCUCUAGAAUUAUAUGCAAAGUUUUAUUCUUCAGAUAUUAUUGUGGCUUCACCUCUUGGACUAAGGACCAUCAUAGGAAAUGAAGGGUAAUAAAAUUAUUAAAUGAGCAUUGACCAGCAUCAAAUUUCUCCUCGAAACAACACUGCUUGAUUUGUAAUCAAAAACACUCCAUAAAUUUCUAGAGAAUUCCAAUCUAACUGUAAAUGCCAUAGGGUACUUUAUACAGUAAGUUUACUUGUGUUAUGGCAGCUAGCCAACUAUUCAGGUUGCCAUCAUCAAUGAAUAAUGUUAUCCAACCUGUGAUCUGAUUGUAGGGAGAAGUCCCAUGAGUAUGAUUUUCUUUCGUCCAUUGAAGUUAUUAUAUUGGAUCAAACGGAUGUCUUUCUCAUGCAGAACUGGGAACAUGUUCAGGUACAUGUACCUAGCUAGCUAGUCCAUUAGGGUGCAACCCUUCAACCAAAAUUUCUGGAAAACUGAAUGCCAUGGUUGGGUUCUAACUGGAAGGUGGAGUGUUAUAAUCAGUUGAAUGACUAGGUCUUGCCAGAAAUUUGCCUUCCAUUUAAUCAAUCCUAUUCCCAUUUUCAGUUUCAAAAUUUCUAUAAACUUUGAUCCACACCUGAUGGAGUGGAUCCAGGGCUUUCACGAAGGGCUGGGGUCUACAAAUUGAAUUUCCCCUGCUGGCUAUUAUGAAUAUGACUCCUGGCUACUUUCAUGGGAAACAAAAGGAAAAUAGAUCAACCAAAAACUGUUCAAUUCUCUGCCCACCAUUUGCAUAUAUACCUAGCAAACUUGAAAUCUUAGCGGUAGUUCUGGGAUCAGUUUUAUCUCAGUGACUCAUGAGGAUGCAAAAUUUAUCUUCUGGCCCAGAGAGGAAUAAAACAAGAACGGUCAAAGUUGUGUUCCUUUUACCUCCAUAAACUUUUUAGAAAUUCUGUUGAGACUUUUGGUGGAAUGGGUUGCAACUGUAGUGUCAGUUCUCAGUAAGUCUUGACUAGUGUAAUAAUCACAAUACUAUUUUUGUUUACACAAGGACUAAAAAUUAUCAAAAAUUUAAAUUUACUUUGUAAUUUUAUGUUAUGUUGUCAAUAUUGAUGUAAUUAUUGUAUGCCUUGGUCUCUAAUCUCCCACAGCACAUAUUUCAGCAUCUUCAUCUACAACCAAAAGACUCACAUGAUGUAGAUUUUUCACGUGUCAGAAUGUGGUGCCUAAAUGGUUGGUAAGUGUUCCAGUUUUUUAUGCUUUCAGCCAUAAAAUUGGUACGUUGCAUCUACUUCAGCCAUAAUUAUUAUGUUUGCCAUUCAUUGUGCUUACUAGUUUGCCAUGAUUUUUUUUUUCAGGUCUAAGUUUUACAGACAGACCUUAAUCUUCAGCAGCUUUGUUUCCCCAGAAAUGAACUCAUUAUUCAACAGACAUUGUUACAAUAUCCUUUUUAAGUUGAUAACGUAUUUUUAUAAUUAACAAUAAAUUAUUGAAUGUGCUGAGUAUCAUCUGAAGAAUUAUGGAGAUCUCGGAGGGUGUUAUCUGCCUCAGCUCCAAUGCAUGAUCCAUUGAACCAAUAUUUUUGAAAAUUUUAUGAGGGUGAUAGGUUGCAACUUUGGAAUGGUCCCAUUUUAUUUCAAAUCAGAAAUGGGGGCUGAUGUGCAUUAAGUUAAUGGCAUUGAUUGAUUCAGUUUUGGACUGAAGUUUCCAGAAAAUUUGGUACUUGAAAUAGGAGUGGUCAUAUGGAAAGGAAAAUUUCUACUCCAACCACUCCAACCAAGAAAAAGGGUCGACCACAAAUUAGUUGAACCUUCAACAAAACCUUUUCCUGUUGGACUGAACUGAUCCAUUCAAAUUAAAUGGACUGAAAUUUCCAGAAAUUUUGGUUCAAUAGAUCUGGCCUUGGGUUAAUUAUUAUUGUUUUCCAGGAAUGUUUCUGGUACAAGGUUCAAGUAAUCGUACAACCCUUACCAAAUUAAUAGUGACUCACUUUGUGUUAACUUUGGUGUUCUUGCUGGCAGGAUCUUCCAUUUAAGGUUUAGCUCAAGGAUCCAUGCCUGUUUUAGGUUUGAGAAAACUGCAAUUUUAACUGAGUAGGUUUGAACAAUGUACUUAGUUGCUAGUUUUAUAUCCACCAUAAUAAAAUAUUAUUAGGUAUAUGUGAGAAAAUUAAGUCAGCUGGAUGGCUCUUAUCUCUUCUGCUUGGAAGCAUAUAACACCAUUAUACCAUAUACAAAUGUAUAAUUCAGCAUUACCACUGUAUGAACGUACUUACGUACAAAGAUGCUAUCGCAAUACUUCCUUGAAAUGUUUAAAAAAGUUUUUGUUUUUUAGUGGAAAUGUACCAUCAGCUUUAUAAAAGUGCUGUUCCUCAGAUAUUGAGCAUUAAUGAUCCACUUGUUGUUCUUGACUGUCUCCAUAUUUUGCUGGAAGAGUGAAAGCUAGUCCCUGUGAUGUACCAGGCUCUAUUUGUCAAGUUGCUGUUCAGGUUCCACAGGUAAAGACUCUGGAUUCAGUACUUGUAAUAAGUUAAAUUACUUACAUACAUGUAUGAGAAAAAAACUGAGAAACAGCUUUGCAUGGAAGUGAACAUUGUCUUGUAGGUUUUCUUUUAUCUUUGGAACAAGGAACUUAACUACUCAAUAAAUAGCUUUUAUUAGUCUAGCAUUCUGAUUCAUGUCCACAAGCUAGGCUGCUAAAAAGAUGAAGCCAACUUGUACAAUGUACAUGAAAGUACUUCUUAGAAACUCUUAUUAUCAGUAGAAUAGUCAAGCAGUUUAAUAAUUAUAGUACUUUAACUUUUGUUCUAUCCUUCUUUUCUCAGGCGUUUCAUCGAUUUCAAUGUUCCAGUUUUGCUGAGGCAGCUGAUAAAAGAUUUAAUACUUUCAUAAAUGAGGUAUAAUUAUAUACUGUCAAGGAGACUAUUUUAAUAAAUUUUGGUAUAAUAAUUUGAAAACAACGUGAGCUGCAAAUUGCAUGAAAGGUACAAAAUGUAGCUGUUUCAGCCAGCGAGCACUGCAGACAGGGGUAUGAAUAAAUAAAUUGGUGCUGCACAGAACAGGGAAAACAGUUUACAUUCUCUGGGAGGGGCCGGCAAGGUAAGAAUAGAGGUGAAUGGCCAAGGUGGGUGAGUAUAACACCCAUUUAUAUUUUGUUGUAUUUUAAUUCCCUAUAGUUUUUAAUGCAGUGUUUAUACUGGCAAGUCCAAUUCAGCUAUAUGAAAUGACAUAGACUUGACUCAAACGUUAGAUAAAAAGGAUAUUAAAUUAUUAUUAAAUAAAAAAUUAAUCAACAUGAAAAUAGAUACGAAUCAGCUACAAAGUAAAGUUCUUAUAUGUUCAACUAUCGGUGCAUUAAUGUCACAUUAGUCUAGUUUUAGGCUUGGUAUUACAAUUUACAAGGUUUUAGAUUCGUGCUCUUUGUUAGUUGUGAACUUGCCAUAAUCUGCAUUAAAGAGUGAAUUAACAGGCUCUACUUUUAAGACUGACUUAGAAAAGAGUGAAAUAAAUAGAAUGAUAGAUUGACGGUUAGUUUUCAUGGUGUAUGUUGCAGGUUUUACCAGAGUUCAAAGGCUCUCUCAUGGGUCACACGGCCAUAUUUGUUCCAUCAUACUUUGACUUUGUCCGGCUUAGAAACUACUUCAAAAGAGAAGGCAUUCAAUGUGCUCAAAUAUCUGAGUAAGUGAUUUGGAAAAAACUCAGUAAGGGGUGGGUGACCCUCAAUAAGAGCUGCAUGUGUAGAGUUGUUGUUUUCCUUUGUUAUUGAUUGAAGCCAAUUACUUUUUUAUGUUCUGGUUGCCAUCACCAUUGUGAUAUCUUAAAUCUCCUUAGUCUUCCAAUAACAUCUUCCAUUCAAAAGUUAUAGCUUGAAUUGUCAUUCUUAUUUUCUGUAAGCUUUUCGGCAGACUCUUUAUGAAUGACCACUCACUAUUAUUUGAAUGAGAAUUUUACAUUCCUUCAAUUCCCUAAUUCCACGAACUAUUUGGUCAAAAAGAGUGCUUCUAAUUUGCUUCCAUGUUCAAUUUCUUACAUGGAAAGUGUAGGGGAUGCUCAGCCAUUUUUUAAAAUUUUAUUCAUAUUUUUCAUUGUUGUCCCUUUACGUCUUGACAUGAGAUUUUAGAACAAUUUGCCUGUCAAAUUUCAGAUAUUCGCAGAAGAAGGACAUACAGAGGGCUAGAACAUAUUUCCUGCAGGGAAAAAGGCCAUUUCUCUUGUUCACGGAAAGAUUUUAUUUCUUCUACAGGUACAUACACUGUAAAUUAAUUUUGACCAGAAUAAAUUUUUGUUUUACAAAUACAGGAAGGGACAUAUAACUGGGAUUAAUUUUAGGGUAUGAAGAUGACAGGUAACCCAAGUCAACUAGAUUGGGUUAAGCAUAGUGCGAUAUUCACAGGGGCGAUAUUCACAGGGAGCGGCUUGUAAAAGAUCUGAUUAUUCAAAAUAUGGAAAGCGUCCUCAAAAAAUACAGAUAAAUUUCUAUAUGGCAGAGUUAUUUUGAAUGCUUUAUUUGUGGCAAAAGUCCUGAUCAGUUGUUGUCCUGAGUUGCUCACUUAUCAGAGGUUACUUUUUUUUUCAAUUUUCAGAUAUCGAAUCAAAGGAAUUAAAAACAUCAUCUUCUACGAACUGCCACUCUACUCUACCUUCUACUCUGAAAUUCUAAACCACAUGGACACUUGGCAUAGCCAUUCGGACUCCCAGGUUAAUCCUGUCACAUGUACAGUGCUGUAUACAAAGUCAAAUGCCUUGCGGUUAGCGGGUGUGGUCGGUACAAAUCGCUGUGCUCACAUGAUCUCAUCAGAUCAACAGGUGCACAUGUUUGUGACUGGAGAUGAUGAAUCAUAAGAUUUGCACAUGUGGAGAGCGAGGGUGAGCGGGUGUGGUCAUUACAAAUGCCUUGUGAUUAGCGGGUUUGGUCGGUACAAAUUGCUGUGCUCACAUGAUCUCAUCAGACCAACAGGUGCACAUGUUUGUGACUGGAGAUGAUGAAUCAUAAGAUAUUAAAUUAUGUGGCUAUGAAUCUAGCUCUGCGCAUUUGGACAUACUAAUCCAGGAUUUAUUUAUUUGUCACGGGAGGGGGUCAAAUAGACCCUGCUUCCGUGGUUGUCUUUUAAAGUGUUAAAAAUGACCAGUUAGCGAAUAUCAAUCAACACUGCUCGAAAGAAUGCCUUAAAAUUAGAAAACUUACCAAGUCUAAACUUAAGGUGAUAAGAUCCAAAACGAACAAAGACACUGCCCCAUGAAGUCGCAAAAUUUCACAGACGUUUGUAUAGUUGGGGCACAACCUUGCGCCUCACUGUAAAAAUUCCACAACUUUGCAGAACUUUAUCUUUUAGUUUUCAACAAAUCACUUCCAAGGGCAACUUUACACUGAUUUUAAGGAAUUCUUUUCAGCAGUGGUGACAGAUGUUUGCUAUCAGGUCCCAGUUAAAGUUGAAAAAAAAAAAAAUGGAAAGUUCCAGCCUCCUCCUCAGGCAUUUUGUUUUUUGCAUGGUAAAGGCAAGCCCGCAGGGACAGGUCUAUUUUACAUUAUGUACAGUCCUCUACAAUACAGUGCAUUUAUCACUCUCAUGUGACUGUUUCAUUAUAGGACGAGUAAAAUCCCACAAAAUUUGUCAUAGUCUUUUUUACAUAUUUAUUGAAUCUUCAUUUAAAAUUAAAGAAUCAUCUUCUCAACAAAUAUGUUCAGUGGCAAGGUACUAUAUCUAUUUGUAUAAUAAGAGAAUUGUUAUGAAAUAUCACACUGAUAUAUACAAUGGCUAGGUAAAUUAUCUGUCUGUAUUUAAAGAGAAUGAAAUUUUGCUGAUGUUUUUGAACUGCAAGGCGCAAUUCCAUAUGUUAAUUUAUUAUAAGGAGGUAUAAAAACUCCCAGCUGGAUUAUGCAAUUUUGCUUACUAGGUGGUGAUUGACAACAAAACAUAAAUUUUAAAAAAUGAUAAAUAAAGUUCUUUUUUUAACUUCACGAAGGCAGGAUUCUUCACUGUAAAAAGAAAAUGGUAUGAAUAUGAAAUGGCAUAACUAACUCGAGUUGACAGAGUUUGAAUACCAGUUCUCAUAAAUCUGAUGAGGAAUAUUGAAACCCAUGGAAUGCACUAGAAUUUGUGCAAUGAGUUUGCCUUAAAGCAAGUGCAUGAAUCCUUGAGCUGUUUGUAUAUGCGAAGAAAAACCCAAUAACAGAACUUGUUCAGCAAGCUUAUGCUGUGUGCUAUAGAACAUUUUGGCAGCCACUGGGUGGAGGGCAUUUCCAAGCCUUGGGAGAACACACCAUUUUACAGUUGUGGGCUUGGUACCCUAGCAUUCAAGUAAAUGUGAGGCUGAGGCUUGUUACAAAUUAAACCUCCUUUGUUUUCAUGUAGAAAAUUAAACUUAAAAAGUACUAGUUUGCAUAAGAACAACAUAAUUUACAUAAUAAAGCAGGAAGGAUUGUAUCAAAACAAGGUCAACUCCAGGCUCGUUUUCAUUGAUAACUGUAAAAUGGCCUUUUUGUUGCUGGAGUAUAAAUUCUUCUAAUGUUGAAAAUGAAAGCACUCAACUCCCACCAAUUUCAAAUCCUGGAGUUAAUGCCAUUAUAAUUAUUAUGAUUAAAUUGUUUACCAUGAAAAAAGUUAAACAGUGUAAUAACCACCCCCUGAAGGUCUGCUUUCCACAAGAGAAGACUGAGUUAAAUACAAUCUGAGAUGCAAAGGAUGCCAUAUUAGACCCAAGAUAAACACGGAAUGUUUUAAGAAUCCAUUUGUGAAAAAAUCAGUUUCUAAAUAAUAUUAUG